AUGGUUAUGAUGCAGUCACCAAAAUCCGACUCCGGACAGCCGGGAAGCCCUCCUUUGUCACAGCCAAACUCUCCUUCGCUUUCGCAGGGAAAAAGUCCAGUGAUUAACGAGAAACUUUCUAGUAAUAUGUUACUAAGCCUUACACCAACUGCAGCUAGUCCAUCGGAGACUCCACAAUCGAAUAUACAUUCCCCACAAUCUUUCAACUCUGACGGAUUGCUGAUUAGAUUUCAAGAUUAUCAGUUAUUAGACAGCAAAAACUUUGAAUUGAAGAAUAAAUUUGCUCUUCUCUCCAAAGAGAAGAGUAGUCAUCGCUCUUCAAAUAGUGAUCAUAUAGUGUAUACUAAAAGUGACCGUGAUCUUUUGGAACCAAGUGCGAAAUUUUCGAUAGAAAGACUUAAACAGUUGGCCGAUCAUAACAUACACAAUCGUUUAAGCCCAUCUGAUCUUGACAAAGUACCUUCUGGAAAAUACUCCAUUGACCAUAGUGCAAAAUAUGUGGUGCCAAAAGAACCCGGAAUGCAAUCGAUACAAAAUCAAUCUUUUCCGUCGGUACUUUCCGUCCCAGUGAUCUCAGCGCCGUCGGUACUGACCAGCUUACAGACGGUCGGGCAACAUGCAGCCUUCGAAUCUUCCAGACAGCAACAAUCAUCAUCUCAACACCCGGAGCAUAUCAAACAAGAUUCACAUCCACCCCAACAGCAUUCCUUCGCUAUUAAAUAUCCGCCGAGAAGUGUUUCACCGGCGGAUUUAGAUAUCGAGAGAUUCAAGAUUGCGCGGUCUAUAACAAAUGGAAAGGAACUAUCGGAUUUUGGCUUUCGGAUACAGCUAGGUGGCCUGUCAAGCAAUUAUGCAAGAAGUGAUACCAGUGAAGAGCUGAUCGUAGAUGGAAAUGAGGAUAGUUCACACGAUGCUACUUCGGGUUGUCCUGUCGAUCUGACGCGUUCUAUAGAUAGCAGCAGUGCGAAAUCAUUGGCCACCAGUGACCAAGAAAUCACACCAAAGCGAUUAGCAUUUUCCGUGGAAAAUAUUUUGGACCCAAACAAGUUCAAUGGUAAACAAAAUCAAAACAAUAACAACUGCAGUGGCAUCAAUCACAACAACAACAAUAACAAUAAUAGCACUAGUCAAAACGAUAAAUCCAACUUUCAUAGUAAUAUUAAUAACAACAACAAUAAUAACAAAUUCUGGAGCGGAUUUGAUCGAGAUGACAGAGCAGAUGACGACCAAAGUGAUUCACGAUCAGCAAAAGAUAUGAACGAUAUCGAACAGGACGAGCUUGGAGAUGAUACGAUGGGAAGCGACAUCGAUGACCACGCAAGUGAGACCGAUUCUAAAAAGGAUGGCGGCAGCAGUCGAUCGGGUGAUGGCAAAUCACAAGGCAACAGCUCUAAACCCAGAAGGGCGCGUACAGCAUUCACCUAUGAGCAACUGGUGUCAUUGGAAAACAAAUUUAAAACCACCCGAUAUUUAUCGGUUUGCGAGAGACUGAAUCUAGCGUUAAGUUUAAGCCUCACCGAAACUCAGGUGAAAAUCUGGUUUCAAAAUCGUAGAACAAAAUGGAAGAAGCAAAAUCCAGGAAUGGAUGUAAAUAGUCCGACUGUGCCACCUCCAAAUAGCGGAGGAUCUUUUGGUCCUGGAUCGUACGCCAGCAGCCUUCUGUACCCACACGCUGUGCCCUAUCCUCCGUAUGGACCAUACUUUCAUCCAUUAGGUGCCCACCACUUAGGUCAUUCACACUCGUAA